GAUGUAAGAAGAAACCCUGUUGGGGGUUUGAAGCAAUGACCUGGGAGACCGCUGCUUGGCUUCUAGUUCGAUUUAAGGGAGAGUUAGAACCGGCGAACAAAACACCUUUCAUAUAUGAACAGAACAAAACAACACCAUCGAAUUCGAUAAGCUAUUUCAGCCCAAAUUCUUUUGACAAACUGGACAACAGGGCAGUACAGGUUUCGAAGCGGAACUUUACAAGUUUACAGAGGCUGGUCGACAAACUGAUCAAAGUUUGCGAGACUGAUAUCGAGAAUACCAGGGUGUUGUUCCGCUGGGUGGUAGAGACAGACUACAAACAGAGACGGUCAGGAAGGGGACCACGCAGGCAGAGCUACCAUCUCCUCCACUAAGCACUUUGCCGGUUAGGUUUAAAAGGGGUC